AUGCCAUCGUUCCGAAGUUCUCGUCGGGUAACCGGCUUGAAGGACAGCGACUACGACCACGAGAUCAACUUAGUUAACCACGAAGACCGCGUUGCCUCGCCCAGUCUAGAAACCCCCAAUGAUGUGACCCGAGCGUCGACUGCGUCACGACUGCUUCGCGAUGAAGACCAAGAAGAAGAAGAGCACAAUCUGAGCAACGGAACGGACCGUGACGUGGACAGAAAUGGGAAUGACGAGUCAAGGACCGAGUCGCCUAUCUCAAACCAGGAAGCGGCGGAGAUCCCAGUCUUAACUGCCCAGACCACAGCGGGUACUGGAGCACCAUCAAUUGAGGUCGAAGAACCUACGCCACACGAAGCCCCAAUACCUAUAAGAAAUGCUAGCCAUAGGGAGCGACCAUCGACAGCAGAGCGAGAAUCUGCAAUAGACGUAUUGUGGGAGAAUGAGAGAGGCUGUUUUUGCUGUAGAGUUCCUCUGUUCUCUGGCAAGGCCUUGGGCAACCUCGAUCCCUCUCCUUGGACAAACCAAUUUCACAAGACGAGUCCAACGACCAUUAAGACGGCCCAAGUUCCUGACCCCACGUGGGAGUGGGCAUGGCCGGAGUGGAGGGUACAUCGAGAAGAAGGCGUUCAAAUGGACGAGUUUGGGUGGGAGUAUUCGUUCAUGUUCUCCAAAAAGUUCUCGUGGCAUGGACCGAAAUGGUGGAACUCUUUCGUGCGUAGGAGAGCCUGGGUUCGAAAGCGAGUCAAGAAGAAGCCCGAGGAUGUCUCUGAAGACCCGCACAUGCUUAACAACGACUACUUCACCGUCACGCCUGCAAAUCACAGCCGCGCCUCUAGUGUUGGCAGCCGUCGGGAAAGCAUCAGCAAGGCGAGCAUGCAGACGAGCAUAGCGGAGGAGAAACCCGACAUCGAAGACGUGUGGACGCUGAUGGCAGUCCUGCGGGCCGCGCGAAUCGACCGAGAAAAGAUCGAAGCCGUUGAGAACUAUCUCGAGCAUGCCAAAGACAACCUCGAACACUUGCAGGAUGAAAUGCACGAUAUUAUGGGCAUCUUCGUAUUUCAAGCCUCAAGGAGAUUGUUGCUCAGUCAUUUGACCAAGAUAUAUGAUGAGCAUGUCGCAACAGACGGAAAAGAAGACGAAUCAGGGGAGCUAGAGGAGAGGAGGAAGCACCUUGAAGCCGCAAUCAAGCAUGCCGACGAGGAAGUGAAGAAGUUAUCCUAUUGGAGCGACGUGAAAGGACUCGCAGAGAAUGGCGAAGCAACGCACGCUGUCGAAGAGGGCGAAGGAUGGAACCAGAGCUGGCAAGGCGUAGAUCAGAGCGGGCCCGCGCAUGCGAAUUCAGGGGCAUUACCUGUGACGCCCAACAAGUAA